AAUCCUCUGAGCAGUGAACAAGUCAUGUGAUCUCCGACCUCAAUAUGAAGGUUGAGGUUGUCCUCCUGUACCUCUGCUCCAACCUUCUCUUCUCCUGGUCCUCCUCCUCCACCCUGCUCAAGGAGAAGCAGGUUGAUGUUUACAAACAUUACAGUUUUGAGGAUAUCUGCCGAACUGAUGGAACUAAGCGUCAGCUGUUCAUCGGCACUGACGUCAGUAUCUUCACCUUCAACUCCUCAACCCUCCUGGAGCCCAUCUUUAAAUGUCACGUGGAGCUGGAGGUUCAAAACUCAAACUAUGGAUUCUCUGUGUUUAUAGGUCAGGAGAAACAAGCGAAAUUUUUUUAUCCAUUUUGAAAAAAUAAGACCCUU